AUGGGGAUGUCACGGAUAUUACAGGGGAUUAUGAGGUACAGGGAGACCCACAGAGCGGGAAUGGUGAAGCAAUUUAAGGUUGUUCGUGAUGAUCCCCAUCCAAAGCAGUAUUUUUCUCCUGCAUGGACAGCAGAAUGUUGCCAACAAGGUUUACGCAAACAAAUGUUGGAGACAUGUUUAUUGGGAAAUAAAAAUGCAGGAAUCUGUACUCAUGCAAACCUCUGCGGCCAUGAAGAAAUCACAACUGAACCAGCAGCAUUAGAAUUGGUUGCAUUAUCAAUGGCAUUCGUCACGUUAUUGGGGUGUGGCCACUCUGAUUGCAAG